AACAAACAGAUGAAGAGCUACACGUAUCUUUCAUCAACACUCACACUCUCUCCCUCCACACACUCACUCACCGAAACCCACCGCUCCGCCGACUUCGCCGAUCAUCUCCGGCGACUCUAAGCGAUGGAUACAGAAUCAUGAGCCACUGCUGCCGAUCGCCAUGUCGGUCUCCUGCUCCAACUUCUUCCCCGACUCCGACCUUCUCUGCGGCGAGGACACCUCCAGCAUCCUAUCCGGAGAUUCGCCGGAAUUCUCCUCCGACCUCGAUUCCUCGCCGCCGCCGUUGGACGAUGAUGAUGAGACCAUCGCCGGAUUCAUCGAAGAUGAGCGCAACUUCGUCCCUGGAUUUGACUACCUCUCCAGGUUCCAGUCUCGCUCCCUUGACGCCGCCGCCAGAGAAGAAUCCGUCGCAUGGAUUCUCAAGGUACAGGCUUAUUUUGGUUUUCAACCUGUGACGGCUUAUCUUGCCGUCAACUACUUGGAUCGGUUUCUGAAUUCUCGGCAGUUGCCGCAAACAAAUGGGUGGCCGAUGCAUCUUCUAUCAGUUGCGUGUUUGUCUUUAGCUGCAAAGAUGGAGGAAUCUCUAGUUCCAUCUCUGGUGGACAUUCAGGUAGAAGGUGCCAAAUACAUAUUUGAACCCAGAACAAUUCAAAGGAUGGAGCUACUUGUUCUGGGCAUCUUGGAUUGGAGGCUAAGAUCAAUCACCCCAUUUUGCUUCCUCAGUUACUUUGCGUGCAAGUUAGAUUCAACUGGAACUUUUUCUGGGUUUCUCAUUUCACGGGCCACACAGAUUAUCUUAUCUAAUAUCCGAGAGAUAAGCUUUCUUGCAUAUUGGCCAUCAUGCAUUGCUGCCGCGGCCACACUCUAUGCAGCUAACGAAAUCCCUGAUUGCUCUCUCGUUAAGCCCGAGCAUGCCGAAUUGUGGUGUGAGGGGCUUACGAAAGAGAAAAUUAUGGGAUGCUACCGGUCAAUGCAAGAAUUUGGGAUUGAAAACAACCAGAGUACUAAACCUCCAAGAGUGUUACCGCAGCUGCGAGUAACAACUCAACCUCUCAUGAGGUCAAGUGUCUCAUCAUCUUCCUCUUCUCCUUCAUCCCCAUUGUCUUAUAAAAGGAGGAAAUUAAAUAACUGUUUAUGGGUAGAUGAUGACAAAGGAAACUUCCAAUGAGGAGGGGAACAAAAUAUAGUAAUAAAGGAGGGAGAAGAAAAUAAAGAAAGAAAUAAGGAACAUGGUGGUCCAAGUUGUCCAGAAACCUCAACAUUUUUUAGAGGGUUUUUGAGUUUUUAUAAUUGACUCUGAGUUAUGGUGGACAUUAUAAUAUGCAUCACCCUACUCUAUGAGAGUUGUGAGAGAUUAUUAUCGUUUUGUUGGUGGGUAUAGCCAUUCAUAAAUGGCUUUGCAGAUUCCCAAGGGAAAGGGGAUUUUCUUACAUAAAUAUUGCAUAGUGGGAAAGAUUGUGUGUGCCUGUGAGAAAACAGAGUGAGGAAAUGUACAUAGAUAAAUGCAAUUAAUAUGGUUUGGGUCAUGUUAGUGUGAAGUGGAGAGUUCAGAAUUCAAAGAUGCGCUGGUUCUUGGUGAAAGGGUAGAAGAUGGUGGGACAGUACUGCUUGAGAGCUUAGGAGUUUGAGCUGUUUUCUUAUAAUGGGAUUUCUAAGUCAAGCUUCUCAUCUUGGCCAGUUAGUUUGCUUCUUUCAACUUUGAUGGGGCACCACAAGAGUAAUGGUUAGAAGUUGAAGCUGGCUACAUUUUGUGGACUUUUUCUUCUGGAGCGUGCGACCACGCACGUGUGUAUGGGUGUUUUAUUUUUCUUUCUCUGUUUCAGUUUUGGCGGGAAAUGUUUUCUUUCUUUUUUCUUUUUUCUUUUUUAUGGCCUGGAGGUUUGGCCUAACUAUACAGGACACAUUGCCUAGUGUCCACGCGUGUGAUGGAUACACGUGAUCUAUAGUUUAUAAUUUUUGGAUUUUUUCAUUUGUUUUCAAGAGAGGAGAACCAACCCUCUUUUAAAUAGUGGCCUAAUUGGCUAAGCUUUAUAAAUGGAAGAUAAAGGUCUUUGGGGCCUUUUCCUGCGUGCUGUGUGUAUUCAAUUCAUCACUAGUAACUAUAAAUUCUAUAAUUCCUUUCAUUCUCUA